GAUUCCACUUUUUAUUCCGGGGAAUCUCCAUGGAAUCUCCACUCAAGUAGGAAUUUGACAGUUCAGAAUUAGAAUAAACACAAUAACACAAACAGUGUAAACCUUACAUUGAAUUGCAAAUUGAAAGAUAAACAAUUUUGGUGCGAAACGAAGGUUUAUCAUUAACAAGAGUGCGAUGUCAUCGUAAAAUAGUCGUGUUGUAUAAAAACCGUGAGAUAUUGUGAGAUAAUUAUAGUGAUCGAAAGAUUUCAACGAUUGAGCAUUGUUUUUUUGCCUUUUUUCGUAUCGACUUUCACUCGAGCCGAAGUGACUAGCAAUAACUAUUGUUGUUGUGUGACGACAACGAAGAAAAAUUUGAUUCAGUGAUUCGAUUAUUUCAUAAAGUGAAACUAAAGAUUUCCAAUUGUCAUUGUGAAUGUCGAAAUAUUUCGCAAUGAUUUUCACAGACUGUCGUCCAUUAUAACAAAAAAUAUACUUUUCCGAAAUAUUAUUUCUUAUUAAUAUUUUCUGCAUUCAAAACAAAAUAAACAACAAUGAAUAUCGAAGAAAAUAGGUUAAAUACGUACGUCAGCUGGCCUGCGAACGCACCUAUAAGUCCCGAACGUUUAGCGAAAGGAGGAUUUUACGCUACGGGUCGAGCACUCGAAGUUCAGUGUUUUCUUUGUGGUGUUAAAAUUUCCGAAUGGAAUUAUGGUGAUCAGGCGAUGGUCAGACAUCGUCAAGCUGAUCCUGAAUGUCCAUUUGUGCUGCGACCGACUGAAACUUGCAACGUUCCUUUAAUUCCACCUUUGCAAACGCCAAGUUCAGAUACUUCGUCUCAAAUGCUCACACACGGGGGUUCCUCUUCAGCUUCUGUUUCACAGAUGUCUAAUCCUUGUACACAAUACAGCAGUGUUUUCCAAAGGUUAAAAUCAUUUGACAAUUGGCCCAUUCCCUUCAUUGUUUCUCCAUCAAGUCUUGCCAGAGCUGGAUUUUAUUAUCUUCAGGACAAUGCCAGAGUAAAAUGUGCUUUUUGCGAAGGCAUCAUAAUGAAAUGGGAUCCUGGAGAUGAUCCAAUCAAGAAACAUAGGCAAAUUUUUCCAAAUUGUAAUUUCUACAACCACCCUUACAUUGCUGAAGUGCUGACUGCAGAAAAAGGCGAGUUGAGCAAUAUCAAACUCUUGCCCGGUACAAGUGUCGACCUAAGUGAGCUCGGAGUUCAGAGACACACUGCGCCCCGUGAACCAAAACAUUCCACUUAUGAGGGAAGAUUACGGACUUUCGAAGGAUGGCCCGAAAAUCUCAAACAAACACCAGAAAUGUUGGCCCUUGCUGGUUUUUAUUACGUCGGAAUAGGCGAUCAAGUGAGAUGUUUCCACUGUGACGGAGGGCUGAGAAAUUGGGAAGAAACCGAUGAUGCUUGGACAGAGCACGCAAGAUGGUUUCCAAAAUGUGGCUUCGUCUUGCUAGUGCGUGGACAAGACUUUAUAAAACACUGUAUCGACAAUAGACCUCCUCUUGAUCCAUUGAUACUGAUGGGGGUCCCGGAAGAUGGCGAAGAAGAUGCUAUGCCGGAAAACCGACCAAUCGCCGUCCCAAGUACGGCAAGAUCUCGAGCUCGGGAAGUAACGGAUGCAGAGGUCGAAGGCUUUCUCAGCUCUGGGCCAGCGAUGGCGGCGUUAGAGAUUGGUUUGAACGUUGGACGAGUUAAAAUGGCAAUUAAACAAAGAAUCGAAUCGACGGGAUUGCCAUAUGCGAAUGCUGAUGAAUUAAUCGAGGAUGUUCGCUACGUUCAUCUCGCUGAGGAAAACGAUAUCACGGAAACAGGCGACUCCGAAUCACCGUCUUCGGAGCUGUCGAAUCUCCUCAAUCAAGUAAUAACGCUCCAGUCGAAUCGGUCAAUGGCGUUUAUAAAAAAUAUCGAAAAAAGACGUCGAAAAAUCGAAAAUGGGGAAAGCUCAAACGAAUCUUCGAAACUCGAGAGUGAACGAGCUAUUCGCCAAGUGGAAUCACCGGCAGCUGACAGAACCACCGUCUUGGAGGAAGAGAAUCGUAGAUUAAAGGAAGCUCGAUUGUGCAAAGUUUGCAUGGAUCGUGAGGUCUCAGUGGUUUUCUUGCCGUGCGGACAUCUAGCGACUUGCGUUCAUUGCGCCCCCUCGUUAACACACUGUCCGAUGUGUCGUCAAGAGAUUCGCGCGACAGUCCGUACCUUUCUAGCUUGAUCGAUGCGCGAUUAGAAAAGCGUGAUUAUUAAACGAAUUUACUUAGAAAUUUAGAGGAAAAAUAAAAAAUUAAUUAAGAGAGAAUAAAGUAAUGGACAAUAGCGGCAAAAGGUUAGAUCGCACUUGAAAAACUUAAUAUAUUACGAAGAACAGAACAAAAAUAUAUGUACAAAUAAUAUAUCUGAAGAGCAAAUGUCGUAGUCAUGUCGUGACUAACUUCACUGUCUGAGAACAAGGCAUUAUUCUGUCUGAUAAAUAUCGUCGAAGAAUGAACGCUCGAUAUUGACCUUUUGUUUUUCCUCGCUCCGGCGUAGUUGCAAACAUAUCGCGUUGUGAAAAAGAUGCUCAUUUUGAAGUUUGCAUCGUUACAAUGGAAGUCACUUUUCAAUCGGAAUUGAUUUUUUUUUCCAACUGAUGAAAUGCUGUUCGUUUUCAAUGGGGAACGGCGCGCAACGUUUUCUUGAUAUUUACAUUUUGCCAAAAUUUAUUUGCCAAUAUUUGUUCUCUUAACUGUAAAGACGAUUUCGAUUAUGAGAACUGGGUAACAUUUUCCAGUUUUAUUUCAACAAAAGUGAAGGAUUUUUCGCGGAGGAAGGACAAAAAAUAUUGACUAUUUGACGAGGUCUGAAUCGGACAACAAUGACAAGAAUUUCAUUCGCGUUCCCACGACGAUGCAAGCUUCAUCGACAGAGACGAAGAAAAACCUGAUGCUAUUAACGAUAAAUCAUAUAACGAGCUUCGAGUAUUCGUAAUACGAGAUAAAUAACAAAAAAGAAUCAGCAAACGGUAGAAUCUAACAGAGAUAAGAAUGAUGAAAAUGUUAUAAGCAAACAUAAGUGGAGAUACACAAUAAAUUAGAGCUGAGAGUCUUCGUGGUGUCUAUUGGCCUCACUGAAAUGCUAAAACUACGAAAAGACACUCGAAGCAGAGAAGAGAUUAAAAGAAAAGAAAAAUAAAGUUAAAAAAAUAAUAAUAAAUUCGCUUUUUCCUGAAAUUAUCUAAAUCAUAAAUGGAAUUGUGAUCCGUGAAUUAUUUUCUUAAGCCUCGUCUAACUUAUUUUCUUAAAUACAUAUUGUGUCUAUUUAUUGUCUGUCGAGUGUCGUCGAAGGAGAGAAAGAGAGAAAAGCGUUAUUGGAAAUAUACGAUGAUUAUCGGCAACCGGCAA